AUGUCCAAUUACGAUCAGUUUCUGUUUACGAACGGCGUUUUAUUUCCUCCGGCGGAUACUCCUCCGGUGGCGACCGUGCUCCAAGCUUACCCAGGUGCAUAUACAACAACUCGUACUCAUCAUAAUGGUGCAGAAAUCUUGUUUUGGGAAAGGCAUUUAAGCAGGCUCUCAAAUUCUAUGAAACUACUGUUGAGAGCAAAGCCGGAAUUGUUGUUCAAAACCAGGGAACCUGUAAUCCCAUUUGUCGAUUCAAUGGCGAAAUCUUUUUCAUGGGAUUCUCUGAUUUCUGGUUUAGUAAAUGAUUACAUGGGGAAAGCAUUAUCCUAUGUUACGAAAGAGAGGUGCUUUCAAGAGGAAAUGUCGAUUACAACACUAGUGUGUGGCAAUUUGGACGUUUUAGAGGAAGAUGAUGAUCUAGACGAGGAAAGAAUUGCAAGGGCUUUCGAUGUUUACUUACAUUUUGGUCGUUAUGUGCCACGCGUUUUUGGGGCUGACAGACAUGGUAACCGGUUGGCUGUUGUGGGACAUGGGAGGGAUGUAGCAAAUGCAAAGUAUUCAGAUUGGGUUCGGCUUCGGAAGAACUUGGAGAGGCUGAGGCCACCUUCCACUUCUGAGCUGCUCUUGUCAAAUGACGGUGAUCAUAUCUUAGAAGGAUGCCUGACAAAUUUCUUUGUUGUUUGUUGCAAAGAUGGAGUUGAGAAUACAGAUCAGAAAAAAUAUUCAGACUUUAUAAGAUUUUUGGAAGUACAGACUGCUCCUCUUAAAGAUGGCGUGCUACCGGGAGUUAUACGUCAAGCAAUAAUUGAAGUAUGUUCAAAUAUCGGAAUUCCACUGAGAGAAGUUUCGCCCUCAUGGUCACAGAAUAAAUUGUGGAAAGAAGCAUUCACCACGAACAGUUUGAGGCUUCUAGAACACGCUGAGACAAUCAUGGUCCCAAGUUCAUGGGAUGCUCUAGGUUUGAAAUCUUGGAUGGACGUAAUAUGGGAGGAGAAGCAAUUUGAGGUGGGUCCUGGGAGGAUCACUUCAAUCAUCCAGAAGGAGGUCAUGAAGAUGGCUGAUACCGAAGGAUAUCCAGUUGUCUCGUUAAAGCAAUGA